GCUCCCAGUCCGAGGCCCCUCAGCGGUCCUGCCCCAUGUCACCUGGCCGCUCUCUCCUUCGAUUCCACCUUCUCUCGCGCACCACGAGCACCGCGCUGAGCUUCUUCGAACUGCAUGCUUCUAGCUACGUGCAAUGUAACGUGCCUGCCUUGCGAAUUGCCCCCCUUUCCUCCGCGAUACGCAUACGCACAGCUGCCAUCGAGCCCGACGCGCGCGCAUUUGGCUAGCUGCAUCCAUAUGGGACUUUCGCGCGGGGUCCACAACUCGAGCGACUCGCAUCCAAACCCGCGCGAACGUCUGGGUGGCCACCACGCAGAACGGCCCGAGCGCGUUGAGGUGCCUUCUUGGAUCUGCAAUAUAAGUAUUACAGUCUGGCCGACGUCAACUCUCGCUUCGCUUCGCCCGCGCAUUCAUCCCGUCAGCACGCGCGCCACAACACAUUAAUGAGCUGCUCAAAGCGCCUUCCAUGACCAGCGUUCUCCCACGAACCUUGCCUGCUAUUACGUUUCAUCCCAAACACGCGAACCCGCCCCGUGCGCCCCGCACCCC